AUGGCUUCAGCUGCGCGAAAAAGUGUUCACGUCGCGAGUGUGAAACACAUGAUCUACGACGAGCCGCACUUUGCGAUGCAGAGCAGCCUCCGACGGCUAAUCAAAGAGAAAAUCAAUCCGAACGUGAGCCAAUGGGAGGCGAACGGCAGCUAUCCGGCGCAUCAUGUGUUCAAAGAGCUUGGUCGGAUUGGCGUUUUCGCCGCCAACAAACCGCACAAAUUCGGCGGUCUCGGCUACGAUUUCUCGAUGUCGAUCGCGAUCGCCGAACAAAUCGGCGCCGUCGCGUGCGGCUCGAUACCGAUGUCGGCGAUGGUGCAGACGGACAUGUCGACGCCGGCGCUCGCGCGAUUCGGCUCCGACGCGCUUCGCGAUUUGUUUUUGCGGCCGUCGAUCUCCGGCGAUUGUGUGUCGUCGAUUGCGGUGUCGGAGCCGCACGCCGGCUCCGACGUGUCGGCGAUUCGGACGCACGCGAGGCGCCAUGGAAGCGAUUUGAUCAUCAAUGGCUCGAAAAUGUGGAUCACGAACGGCGAACAGGCCGACUGGGCUUGCGUCCUCAUCAACACCGUCGCCAACACCACCAACAAACAUCGCAAUAAGAGUCUCGUGUGUGUGCCGCUCGAUAUUAAAGGAGUUCAUCGAUCAACGAGACUUGAGAAAUUGGGAAUGCGAAGCUCGGACACGGUUCAGCUGUUUUUCGACGACGUUCGAGUGCCCAGCUCGUAUAUAAUUGGCGAGGAGGGUCACGGCUUCUCGUACCAAAUGCAGCAGUUCAACGACGAGCGAUUGGUUACGGUGGCGGUGGGUCUCGCGCCGCUUCAGCGAUGCAUCGACGAGACGCUGAAAUACGCGAACGGUCGCACGAUAUUCGGACGAACGCUUCUCGAUCAGCAAUACGUGCAAUUUCGGCUCGCCGAGCUCGAAGCCGAACUCGAGGCGACGCGAUCGUUGUUGUAUCGCACGGUGUUGGCGCGUUGUCAGGGCGAUGAGAACGUCAGUAUGCUGACGGCAAUGGCGAAAUUGAAGAUUGGACGGUUGGCGAGAAAAAUAACCGAUGAGUGCCUUCAGAUUUGGGGCGGCGCUGGAUUCCUCGCCGACAAUGACAUCAGUCGGGCGUUUCGCGAUUUUCGUGUGUUCAGCAUUGGCGCCGGAUGCGACGAGGUCAUGAUGCAGAUAAUUCAUAAGAAUCAAUCGCGACGCGCAUUGUAA